GAUAUCUCUCUCAAGGCUCUUAAUCUCAAGCCUAAAAUUUCCCUGUUGUCUACUUUAAGUUCCCAAUAAACUUCCUUCCAUUUUUUCCCACUAUAAAUUUAAAUUUUUCAUCAUGACGGCACAGCUAAAUCCGUAUUUUUCCCGCAGAUAUUCCACCCCCACCCAAGCUCAACUGUAGAGUAGUCUUCCCGCAUCACCCCGGCAGCUAUGCACCAACGCCUCAAAAGACCUCCUGCUCCGAUUCAGAGGGUCCCAUUUGCGUCUUAAAAGGAACGUCUAUGGUCCACGAUUGGUGAGUUCCAAAUCUUCAGAUAAGCGACGUGCAGGAGGUUACUGUAAUGGUAUCCAGAUUUUAGAUGGAGUUCCCCCACCUGUCUGUCCUAUUUGUGUUGAUAAGUACCUUCAACUUCCCCUCUUUCUCUGCUUGUUUCUGUUCCUGUUCCUAUUCCUGUUUGUGUCUUUGAAGAAGAUCGCAAGUCACAAAAAUGCACAUCUCCCUCCCCUCCCACCUCCUCCUCGCCUCCCUCCCCCUCACCCACGCCCAAGAAACCAUCCUAGGCCUCUUCAUCUUCCACAGACACGGCGACCGAACCUCCAAAUCCUUCGCGCCCACCACGCUCACCGACCUAGGAUACGCACAAGUCCACCAAUCCGGGUCAUUCUUUCGGGAUCGCUAUGUAGACAGCAACGCAAUAUUGCCUGUAUAUGGAAUCAGUAGUUCGGUGGUGAAGAAUUCGCAAUUGAAGGUCGAGGCGCCUGUGGAUACGGUGUUGCAGAAUUCGGCGGUGGGGUUUCUGCAGGGACUGUAUCCGCCGGUGGGAGCGGGUGUAGAGACGCAGAGUUUGGCGAAUGGAUCGAGGGUCCUGCCGCCGUUGGGGGGGUACCAGUUAAUUCCUGUGAAUUCGGUGGCGAGUGCGUCGUCGGGGGCGGAUUCGGAGAAUAGUGCUUGGUUGCAAGGUGAGUUUUUUUGGAGAAUGUUUUGUUGAUGCUUUUGCUUUUGUGGAUUGGGAAGAGGAUGUGGGAUGUGAUGCUAAUGAUGUGUAUUGUAGGUCAGAGUGGAUGUGGAAAAGCAAUGGUUAGCUCGAAUAACUAUUUCUACUCGAAUGAAUACUUUGAGAAAUUAAGUGCUACAACACCAUUCUAUCAAAGCAUUUUCCCCGUCAUCAACCGUACCUUUACCAGUGCGGCAAACACCUAUUUCAAUGCUUAUUCCAGUAAGUGAUUCCCGCAGACUCUCACCCUCUUACAGUAAACAUCAAAGUAUAAAAAGUCAAAAACUAACUCUCACACCAGUCUACGACCUCAUCCACGUCUCCCAAAUCCACAACACCUCCAUCCCCUCCUCAGAUUUACUCACCCCCUCAACCCUCCACCAACUCCAAACCCUCGCCGAUUCGCACGAAUUCAACCUCGCCUACAACACCAGCGACCCCAUCCGCGCCAUCGCAGGACGCACCCUCGCCGCGCAAAUCGUGCAAAAUCUCAACUCCACCCUAACAUCUAAAUCCAAAACGCCCCUCACCAUCCAGUUUGGCGCCUACGCCUCCUUCCUCUCCUUCUUCGGGCUCUCCCAACUCCGUGACGUAUCCGAGAACUUCACGGGUGUAGUAGAUUACGCUUCAAGCAUGGUCUUUGAACUCAUCACCAACGCCACCGUUUCUAACACUAGUUACCCUAGCAUGGAAGAUAUCUCCGUCCGCUUCCUCUUCGCGAAUGGAAGUGCGUACGAGAAUCCUUUGAAUGAGUAUCCCCUUUUUGGAGGUAAUUCGGCGGUCAUACCCUGGAGAACGUUUACGGAUGAGAUGGGGAAGUUUGCUAUUGGUGAUCAGGAGAGUUGGUGUCGGGAGUGUGGGAAUAAUACGGGGGUUUGUGCUCCUGUGGGUGAGGGGGUGAUGGGACAGAGUGGGGAGAUGGGGGGUAAGAAGGAGGGUGUGAGUAGGGUUGUUGCGGGGGUUAUUGGGGCGAUGGUUACGCUUGCUGUGGUGCUUGGGGUUGAGGGGUUGGUUUUAUUGGUUGGUGGGUUGAGGGUUGUUAGGAAGAGGGGGGGAAGUGGGAGUUUAGCGAGUGAGGGGGCUGUGAAGGCUUGA